AUUGUUUCUAUGUUUACGAGAUAUGAAAAAUCGCCCCAAGCAGGUUCAGUACAACAUUCUACCUCCGUACAAGUCAGGUAGCCGACGUGUGUUUCUGCUAUGUCUUCGACGACGGAAACGGCGAACAGGUUCCUAUACGACGAUCAGCAAGAGCUCAAGGAAACCACGCGGAUUUCAACGAGCAAUGGAAACCCGAAAGUCGCACCAGCUUUCGAGGAGGUGCUCGACUCCAUUGGGUCUAGAGGAAAAUUCCAGACGAGGCUCAACAUUGUCUUCAAUUGUGUCAACCCAUGUAUCUGCCUGAUGAGUGUAUACAUUUUCUUUCUCGCAAUGCAGACGCCUGAUCACUGGUGCCAUGUUCCUGGCAGAGAAACUGCCAAUCUGUCGUUGGAGGAGUGGAAGAAUAUUACAAUCCCUAGGGAAGGAGACUCGUUCAGCAAGUGCCUGAUGUACAAACGGAUUGAUGAGGUCAAGUGGAAUGGCACUGAAACUGUCAAGUGCCAGCACGGUUGGGACUACGACGACACUUGGUUCUCUUUGACAGUCCCUUCGCAGAUGAACUGGGUCUGCGACAACCAGCAUGUGACCAACGAAGUUUUGUUUUACGCUCAGAUUAUCGGAGUGGUUCUUGGCCUGCUCUUUGGAUACAUAGGCGAUAUGUACGGCCGACGGCCCCAGCAGCUCCUGUGUCUCGUAGCCCAAGUCAUCAGCAGACUUCUGGUCGUCCUCACGCCAGACAUCCUGCUCCUGUUCAUAAUGGCUCAGUCUCUCACAUCAGCUGCGGGAGGGCCAUUGUUUGAAUCGGCUUUAGCUGUUGGUAUGGAACUGACUGACAUCAGAUAUAGGACGAUGGUGAGCUACAUCGCGACCUGUAGUGUGGGUGUCGGAAUUAUGGCCGCCGGCCUCUUAGCUUGGCCUCUCCGCAACUGGAUUUACUUUAUGUCUUGUACUGCUGCGUGCUGCUCGGCGAUGCUUUUAUUUUCCAGUUGGUUCCCAGAGUCACCACGAUGGCUGGCGUGCAGAGGUCGCGAGGAAGACGCCUUGAGGCUCCUGCGUCGCAUCGCUAUCACUAAUGGCGGUGAGGUGCCUCCAUUCGUUUCGCAGGUGAUGCGGACCGUUGGUAAGGCCCAGAGAGACAGGAAGGGAUUCCUUAGCCUCUUCUCCAGCUGGAACGUCUUCAAGAACACUGUGCUGCUCAUUAUCGCAAGGUCGACCUUCCUACUGACGCAGACUUCACUGGUGCUGAUGGCUGGCAGCGUGGGCGUCAACCCCUUCCUGGCGGUGGUGGCGCAGGGCGCGGUCCAGCUGCCCGCCUGCUGCAUUGCCCACCUCACUGCGGCGCGCUUUGGCCGCCGCUGGUCCGCCGUGGGCAGCUACUUUCUGGCCGGGGUCAUCUCAGCGGCGAUAUUCUUCAUGCUGGACGCUAACAUCAGUGGAGUGGCCAUCACGAUAAUGGCGGCGAUAGCUCAGUUUUUCACGAUGGGCACAAACAGCAUGGCCAACCUGCAAAGUGUGGAGGUGCACCCCACGUGUCGGCGGCAGAUCGGCGCAUGCGUCGAGUGGACAGCGGCCGGGGUCAUCAUGUCUGCCACGCCAUACGUGGCCCUCAUGAGUGACAGAAGGAUGUCCUACGCCAUUCUCGCCGCUGUAAACUUGGGGGCUGCGUUUGCAGUAUCGUUUCUUCCGGAAUCUGCACUGCAAAGGUUACCGGAGACACUACAGGAUGCUGCAGUUUUUGGUAAAGACCAGAAGUACUGGAGCUGGAAACCACGACCAUCUCCAGUGUAUACCAUCGAGCCCAUUCAGUAAUCGUCCGCAGACUGUAUUCCUACGCUGACACAAAAUAGUAAAUGACAGAAGUUACUUGUUAAUGUGACGGAAGGGCACAUUUACAUGAUUUGGUAGUGUGACAUCUCAUAAACACGAAGUAACCCAAGUUAUUUUAAGGUUUAAUCAUUAGUUGAAGAUAUAACAACACAUUUCUUGAGCAGAUGCUCGGGAAGUAUUACAGUUAGUGGUAGAAUAAUAAUUACAAAUAAUUGCAAGUGUUUAAUAUUAGUCACGUACGGUUUAUUGUUUGUAAAUAAUAACGUAGUAGUCACAUGUGGUACCUUUACAGAGUGGAUUUCAUUAACAGUGAAUGGAUGGGACCAAAUAUUUUUAUAAUAUGCCUACUGUAAAUAGUUCCCUCAAUACACUUUGCGACUAUGUAACAUAAUAUUCUAUUACAAAGUAAUGUGUUGUGAAAACUAUUUGAGUGCCCAUGCCUGUCCCAUCAGAUGCUUAUACCCGAUGAAACUGGAACAGCUUUCUAUUCCAUUCAGCGUUAUCGGUGUAGAUACGCGAUGUGAGCGGUUCGGAAUUUCUAACUCCUAUUUUCGUUACACACAUGGAGUAAGGAACUUCUUUACAAUUGUGUUACUGCUUUUUCGGCGAGUCUCUGAAAAAUUCUUCGCUAAAACUACGAGGAACGUGUCCCGUAAAAGACGGUGAAUUGUGAUUUUAUAACCAGCGAUACAAUAAACGUUAAUGAUGUUUAUGAUGUUUCUAGAGAUUUAUAUGUUUCUUGUAUUUAGUUUUCCAGCCUUUGUUGUAACUUAUAUCUUAUGGAACGUAUUCGAGUGUGUCUGCAUUAUUUCUUUCGGUGCUACUAAAAGCUCUUUAACAGUUCGUUAUCAACUGUAACAUUUCAGCUGAAACAUUUAUUAGUAUAUGUAUUGGACGCUAUAUGUUAAAAAAUUUUUGUCUUGUAGUUUCUAGAUAUUGGACGAAUAUUAUAUCAGCUAAUUUUUCCCGUGGUACCUUGUUAUAUCUGACAUUCAUAUAGUUUCUUACAUGCUUAAUUGAAGGCAUAAGUGAGGCAUUAUAUCUUAAAAAAAUAUAGUUUUCGCUGUAGUGUGAAGUAA